AUGGCGGCGGAGGAGGUCCUCCCGGCAGUGGAGCCUUCUUCCUUCUCCAUCUCCCUCUCUUCUUCAAACUCAAGCUCUUCUCCCUGCAAUUCUCCUCUCUCUCAUACUCCUCCCUCCCCCUGUCCCUCUUCCCUAUUCCCUCCUUUCUCUUCCCCUUCUCAGCAGUUCUUCUCCACCGCCGGCGAAUCCCAGAUCGGUCUGAGCUGCCUGAAUCCAGCGCAGCUCCGGCAGGUCCAGUCCCAGAUGGCCCUCUUCCAGCGGAAGAACGGCCCUCAGAGCUUCUCACUCAGCUUCCUCGGCCCGCCGCCUCGGUCCAUGAAGAACCCCGGCGGCGGCGGCGCCGCGGGGAAGCUCUACCGGGGGGUGCGGCAGCGGCACUGGGGAAAGUGGGUGGCGGAGAUUCGCCUGCCGAGGAACCGCACGCGCCUCUGGUUGGGGACCUUCGACACCGCCAUGGAGGCCGCUAUGGCCUACGACGACGCCGCCUUCAAGCUCCGGGGCGAGCUCGCCCGCCUCAACUUCCCCCAUCGCCGCGGCAACGGAUCCCCCGCCGCCGCCGACGCCCCCGCCAGGCCCCUCCCCGCCGCCGUCGACGCCAAGCUCCAGGCCAUCUGCCAGUCCAUGGCCAGCGGAUUCCCACCGGCGGCGCCGCCCCCCUCAUCCCUCGCGGCGGUGGACAAAUCCCCCAGCGAGUCCUCAUCGCCGCCCACCUCGCCGGAGCCCGACAUGGGCAGCUUGAAAUUCUCCGAGCCUGCGUGGGACGAAGGAGAGGGCUUCCUCCUAAGGAAGUACCCUUCAUGGGAGAUCGACUGGGACACUAUCUUUUCCCCUAACUAG